GCCGUUGUCUGGGUGGCGUGGUCGAGUCAUCGUUGGGCCUCGCCGCUUCCAUCUCCCUUCCCUCCCCCCCCGCCCCGGCGCGGGGGGUCGACCAGCCAAGUGGGGCGGGAGGCGACUCGGACCUUCCUCUUCAUUUCGUUCUGGCCUGCUGCCCCGCUACCCGCUCUGGGUCCUUCGGACCCGCGAGGCCCAGUCUGAGGGGCCGGGGCCUACGUGGGCCCGCCGUCGGGCCCCAUGCGGCAUAGCCUGACCAAACUGCUGGCGGCCUCGGGCAGCGACUCCCCAACCCGCAGCGAGAGCCCGGCGCCGGUCGCGACCUGCUCGCUGCCCCCGGACUUGACCCGGGCGGCAGCGGAGGACGAGGGGACGGCGGCGGCCGGGUCUCCCGGCCGCAAACAGCCGCCCGGCGACGAGGGCGAGUCGGACGCCGGGAGGGGGGGCCGCGGCGUCGUGGCCGCGCGCGCGCCCUCGCCCGAGGAGAUGGAGGAGGAGGCUAUCGCCAGCGUCCCCGGGGAGGAGACGGAGGACAUGGACUUUCUGUCGGGCCUGGAACUGGCGGAUCUGCUGGACCCCCGGCAACCAGACUGGCAUCUGGAGCCCGGGCUCAACUCGCCCGGGCCUCUCUCCUCGUCCGGCGGAGGCUCGGAUAGCGGCGGCCUGUGGAGAGGGGACGACGACGACGAGGCCGCGGCUGCCGAGAUGCAGCGCUUUUCUGACCUGCUGCAGAGGCUGUUAAACGGCAUCGGAGGCUGCAGCAGCGGCAGUGACAGUGGCGGCGGCGAAAAGAGGCGGAGAAAGUCCCCGGGAGGAGGCGGCGGCAGCAGCGGCAACGACAACAACCAGGCGGCGACAAAGAGUCCCCGGAAGGCGGCGGCGGCUGCUGCCCGUCUCAACCGGCUGAAGAAGAAGGAGUACGUGAUGGGGCUGGAGAGUCGAGUACGGGGUCUGGCAGCCGAGAACCAGGAGCUGCGGGCCGAGAAUCGGGAGCUGGGCAAGCGCGUACAAGCACUGCAGGAGGAGAGUCGCUACCUACGGGCCGUCUUAGCCAACGAGACCGGACUGGCUCGCUUGCUGAGCCGGCUGAGCGGCGUGGGACUGCGGCUGACCACCUCGCUCUUCAGAGACUCGCCCGCCGGUGACCAUGACUACGCUCUGCCCGUGGGAAAGCAGCAGCAGGACCUGCUGGAAGAGGACGACUCAGCCGGAGGAGUGUGUCUUCAUGUGGACAAGGAUAAGGUGUCGGUGGAGUUCUGCUCGGCGUGCGCCCGGAAGGCGUCGUCUUCUCUUAAAAUGUAGGGUCAAGUAAUCUGCUCUUUAUCCGCGUUUACCCCUUUCAACUCCCUUACACCAUGUAAAACACCUUAGUGGGACAUCUUCACUGGACACAUUUCAGAGGAGGAAAAAAAAAUUUCUUUUUUAGGUGAUUUCCUUCCUGCCAGGCUCCGUUGUAGGGGUUACAGAACAGUCGUUCCCGCCUCACAACCUGGUAAGGAUCCAUCUCUUCACGUAACGCUCAUGCUCUGCUGCUUAGUCUACUUUAAUGGGCAACAUCUCAAUUUGUGUGUGUGUGUGUGAUAUUUUUUCUUUUUCUUUUCUUUUUUGGAAGGUGGGAGGGGAAUCUAAUUUGGGCCCUGUCCACCCUGGAAACAGACUUGUGCUGGUCAAUAUUGUAUUCAAGUUGCUUCUUCUGGUUGAAAUAGCUGUUAAUGUGUCCCCUUGUUCAAACUUGCGUGUACCUAGCUCUUCUGUCCCCAGUGUGGACAUGGCCUUGGAUGACAUCGGUUCCAACUGUACACUGAAAGCUGCUAAUAGAGAUACAGUUUGGAGAAAGUGACACAGGUGAAGUUGAAUGGAAGUUCCGAGUUGUACAAGGUGCAAAUUGGAAUUCCAACUUUAGAGCAACUUUUCAGAGGUUGACAAUAAGUACUUGGGGCAUACACAGAUGUGAUAGUUAUUUUGCGGAGAUGACAGAAAUCUCUUAAAUAUUCAAGAAUGCCUUUUAGUUUUCAUAGAUCUAGAUAUACAAUCUAUUAAGAUUAAUAGAUUUUUAUAUCUCACCAUUAGAGAAGUUGGAAAUUAACAUGCAUAUCAGACUCCUGUGUUAGUUACUUAAAGGAAGAAUAAGAAUGGUUAAUGAAAUGUUUCUUUGAGGACCAGCACAGUGAUUUACCCUAUCACUGAGUAUGAAUAAAUUGUUGAACACCUUUAUUUUUGUUGUAUUAAAAUUUUAGGUUAAAUUUAUGUAUGAUUAGAUAUUGAAGGUUAUGAAAUGUGAAUGAAAACGUGUAAAGUGAGGCUUCACAAAGAAUCUUAUUCUCCAAAUUUCAAGGGUAUUUGUCCUAUUUAAAAGUAAGUUUUAAAAUUGAGUGACUUAAUGACACGAUUGACACUUUUUCCAAAGUUGGGACAUAGUCUUCCUUUGAAGUACUCUAUUAUCUAUUGUCCAGUUGUAUAGAUUGAGUCACAGUGUCUUUCAGUGUAAGAGACAUUAAGAAAUUCUUUGUGAAACAUCACUGUUUGAUAAAGUAUAUACGUAUUUAGCAUCCUUGUUUUUCUUUGUGCUAAAGUGGAUACAGCUGUUGGGGCAGAAGAGACGGGACCAGCUGCUGGCCACAUUUCCUGCUUUAUUUUAAAAGGUAGUAUAAGAAAUGAGGAAGAAGAGGUAAUAUCAGGGCUUCUGCUUUUAUUUUAAAAUGUUCAUAAUUAAAAAGUAUUUUCCAGCAGUCCAAAGAUGUAAGUUAUCUUACAUAUAAAAUGUUUUAUUUUGUUGUUAUUUGGUUAUGAAAAUGGAAUCUUGUUCUUGAAGAACUGUAAAUGUUUUGUUGCUAGAUAAUACACUUUUGAGACCUAACUUGGUCUCUGGUUUCCAGUGCAUUACAGCAUAUUUUGUAAAAUCAUCUACUGCACUUGAGCAUGAAUGGAUAGUAGCCAAACUCACAACCUGGAGUGAUGAACCUGCUUAUACCUAAGUGCAGGAGCAAGCCCCUCACAAUGCAGCUGCAUGGAUUUUUAGUGCCUACUGAAUUAUAUAUAUAAAUAUAUAUAAAAACCAAAAGUAGUUGGAAAAGUUAUUUGAAAUGACUAAUUUGUGCUAUCUUUAUGGAAUAUGUUAAAUGUAGCUUUUUGAAACAGAAGCCUUGAAUUGAAAGUUAAUUAAUACUUGAACAUUUUGUAUAUAUUUCUUUGUAUAUAAUUUUGUGCAGUACCAAUGACAAAAAUAUGGUGUCAUAAUAAAACCAGGUUUGUUGAUCUUUCA